CCGCCGUUAAACGCGAAGAAGAAGAAAACUCAACUGCGGAAGUUAGCAUAGCAGCAAUCCAGGCAACGCUUUAAAUCGACCACAAAACGAGAAGCAAAAGUGUUGUUGUCGUCAUUGAACUAUCUCCAACAUAUUUUGCUUAAUUUUGGAAGAGUUGGUAAGGAAGUGGCCGUCAGCGAAAUGUCCCUGCUGUUUUGAAGAAAAUAAGAGUUUCACACGAGACGCAACUUUGUCGAGAGAGAGGAGACCAAGCGACAACGACGACAAUUGGAAGCUGUUUGCAACACACUUGUGUUGUGAAGACAGCACUUCUGACUCUACUUACUGGUGUCUCGAUGAAGAUUGAAGACGGACCACUGAGUGCCCACAGCUUCAUCAUCAGAGUUCAAGUGGAGACCACUGUGGAGGACCACCUCCAGACAAUCUCUUAGCUCCGCUGUCACACAGCGAUGACAUGGAGGAACCUUUGAGGCACAACGAAAAAAGUGAAGGUGACAACAAACAGUUGAAAUGCUCUGAAAAGGAGACAACUCUUGGCAACAAAACUUCGCAAACAAACGUCCAGCAGCUUAUAGGUCGUCAGAGAGAACCUCUCCUUCAGCCACAGUUGGGGAGGUCCAGCUUGGAGUCGGAGGAUCCACAGCCCCCCCAUGUUAAAGAGGAAACGGGAGAUACAAAGCCUCACCACAUUAAGAGAGAAGAGGAGGAUCCAGAGUACGCCUAUGUUAAAGAGGAAGAGGAAGAAUUGGAUGUCAGCAAGUUGCCACUGACUGGUGUCUCUAUAAAAAAGGAGGAUGAUGGAGACAAAUCACCCAAGUGGCCACAGCUUCAUCAUCCGAGUCCAAGUGGAGACCACUGUGGAGGACCACUACCAGAUGACCUCUUAGCUCCACUGUCAGACAGUGACGACAUGGAAGAACCUUUGAGCAACAGCCAAGACUGUGAAGGUGACGACAAACAGUUGAAAUGCUCUGAAAAGGAGACGAACAAAACUUGUCAAACAAACGGGAGACAUCGCAUGCGUAAUGAAAAUUUCAGCUGCUCAAUUUGUGGUAAAAUGUUUACUCGAAAGCCAAACAUGGUAGCACACAUGAGAAUACAUACAGGAGAAAAACCCUUUAGUUGCUCAGUUUGCGGUAAAGCAUUCACUCUAAAAGACGGCAUGGUAAAGCACAUGAGAACACACACAAGAGAAAAACCUUUUGUUUGCUUGUUGUGUGCUAAAAAAUUCCAUCAACGGGGCUAUCUGGAAUCACAUAUGAAAACACACAACCUAGAAAAACCCUUUAGUUGUUCAACAUGUGGUAAAACAUAUCACCAUAAGAUAAGCAUGGAAUCACACAUGAGAACACACACAGGAGAAAAACCUUUUGUUUGCUCAUUGUGUAAUAAAACAUUUAAUCAAAGGGGACAUCUGGGAUCUCACAUGAAAACACACAUUGGAGAAAAACCCUUUCGUUGCUCAGUUUGCGGUUCAGGAUUCUCUCGAAAGGAAUCUGUGAAAUCUCACAUGAUAAUUCACACAGGAGAAAAACCCUUUAGUUGCGCAUUAUGCGCCAAAACAUUCUUUUUUAAGCAAAACUGGAGGGCACACAUGAAAAAACACACAGACGAAAAACCUUUUGGUUGCGUAUUUUGUAAUAAAACUUUCUAUCAAAGGGGACAUCUGGAAUCACACGUGAGAACACACACAGGAGAAAAACCCUUCAGUUGUUCAGUUUGUGAUGGAAGCUAUGCUCAUCGGAGCAGCUUGGCUGCACACAUGCGGACACACGAUGAAGGGAGACUUAAUGCUUUACAGUAGUCCCGUACCAUACCUCCAUAUCAGAAUUAGACCACGUAGUAUUAUUAUUAUUAUUAUUGAAUUGAUAUUUUCUGAAGAGCUGUAACUUCCACGGUUUGUUGGCUAGUUUUGAGCCAAUCUUUUUUUUUUUUUUUUUGUGUCCCUGUGACAUGUCCUAAAAAUGACAUUUAACACAGCGCGCAACCCUAGUAUGCCCGGCCUGGAUAUUGUGCCAUGUGCAGCAUGUGUGCUUGUUUUCUGCAUCUGCUACGCAUCCAAAAGAGACAAGAAGAUUCCCUCUGUGCACCGUCUCAGCAUGCAUGUUUGUUUAAAGUGACAUAAACAGAAUACAUUUUGUCAGUCAUCCAGUGUCAUUGUCUACGUGGGAGCAGAGGCAGGGCCGCGAGCAUACACACGCAAGGAGAUGUAAUAGAAUUGAUGAGGAAAAAAGAGGGGAUUGCAAAGCCAAAUGACACAGACUCGAUGUGGGAAUAUUUCAGCUUCAAACCGAAGGUGAGACCAUUAACAAAGUUUUUUUGGUUCCCCCCAUCUCGAGAGUAAACCUUCCCUCACUCAUGAGGCUUUUUGUUCGGCAAAUUAAAUACAAACAACACACUGCAAAAUGGUGAGCGCCCACGGAAAGUGUAGAUUGCUACAUUACAAAAGAAAUACUGCCCUUUAUGCACUAUACAGAUGAAAAGCCUGCAUUUCGAGAAAUGCCGCAAACAGAACAUUUGUUUGAAUCGCCUGUGAGAAAAUACGUCACAAAUGGCAUUCCUACAACUUUACAAAAGUGAAAGAUGACAUUAAAGGAAAUCAAUAAUGUUAUGAGUGGUUUGUUUUCUUGUUGUUUUUGCUUGUAAUUUUUGUCUUGUCUUUUUUUAUUGUUUUAUAUCCGUUUUUGACUUUCAAAUUACAAUGGUUAAAAAAUACUCAUGAGAAGUAAAAGAUUAUUGCAUUUGAAAGGGUGUACUUAUGUAUUAUUGUUAGUUAAUUGUAUCUCAAAUAAAUGUUGACAAUAACAUCCUUUAUCUGCAGUCAUUUGUGGGACAAUAUAUCGUCCGCUAAAAAUUAUUCUCAAAGGCCAAACUACUAUUCCUAAUAAAAUGGUUUUAUGUAGACCUUUUCUCGAUGUGCAAAGACACAAACUAUU